AUGGCCCUGUACUGCGGCGACAACUUCGGCGUGUACUCGCAGCCCGCCACCGCGGCCGCCCCCGGUGCGCCCCCGGCCUCCAGGGCUCCCUACGGGCUGGCCGACUACGCCGCGCCGCCGGCCGCCGCCGCCAACCACUACCUGUGGUUCAACGGGCCGGGGGUGGGCGGCCCGACGUCGGCCGCGGGGUACCUGGGCGCCCCGCCGCCGCCGCCGCCGCCUGGAGCCACGGCCGGUCCCUUCCUGCAGCCGCCCACCGCCGCCAGCACCUUCGCCUGCGCGCAGCGGGCCUUCGCUCAGCCCUCACCGGCCGCGCCCGCCUCGCCGGCAGGCUCCGCAGCUCCGGGCGAGCUGGGCUGGCUGUCCAUGGCCAGCCGCGAGGACCUGAUGAAGAUGGUGCGGCCGCCCUACUCGUACUCGGCGCUCAUCGCCAUGGCCAUCCAGAGCGCGCCGGAGCGCAAGCUCACCCUCAGCCACAUCUACCAGUUUGUAGCCGAGAGCUUUCCCUUCUACCAGCGCAGCAAGGCGGGUUGGCAGAACUCCAUCCGCCACAACCUGUCGCUCAACGACUGCUUUAAGAAGGUGCCCCGGGAUGAGGAUGAUCCAGGGAAAGGUAAUUACUGGACUCUGGAUCCAAACUGUGAGAAAAUGUUUGACAAUGGGAACUUUCGCCGCAAGCGAAAGCGCCGCUCUGAGACCAGCAGCAGCUCCUCGGUGGCUACAGGGACAUCCAAAUCAGAAGGGCUGACCUCUGGACUAGGGACUGGAGUGGGUGUGAAGCUGGAAGGAAACAGCCCUUCCUCUCUGCUGAGGCCUUCUCAGUCCCCAGAACCAUCGGAGGGCACCAAGAGUCCUGCCUCCUCUCCCGGAGCAUCUGCACUCACCUCCACUCCGUGCCUCAACACCUUCUUCAGCAGCCUCAGCACCUUAAAUGCCAACCACAGCGGCAACACCCAGCGAGCCAUCCCGAGCAGCCGGCACCUAGGGAUCCAGAGCACCCAGCUGCCGUCCAGCCCAUUCCCCAACACCUCCAUUCCUGAUAGCUCACCAGACUCUUUGCAGCUGAGCACUGUGGGAAGCAACCAGAGAUCCCCCUACUAUGGCGCUUUCCCUGGCAGCACCAGCGGGGGCCAGAACAGCCCCUUCAGCAGCCCUUUCUACAACUUCAGCAUGGUCAACAACCUUAUCUACCCCCGGGAGGGCUCUGAGGUGUAG